AUGUGCGAUGCAAGUGAAAACGAGUCGAUCACGCCGAACUCCGUGGCCUCCGUUCCUACGGACCUCGCUAAUUCUAACCCGCCAUGGGUGUACCCCCUGGCGAGACGUGACGAAACGAUUGUAGAUGAUUUUCACGGAACGAAGUUGGCCGACCCGUACCGUUGGUUGGAAGACCCAGACAGCGACGAAACCAAGGAGUACGUGUCGAAGCUGAAUGCCGUUAGCACGCCGUUUCUUCAGACAUGCCCUGCGAGAGAAAAGAUAGGCGAAAAACUGACCGAACUGUGGAACUACGAGAAAUUCAGCAACAUGCGAAAACACGGCUCGCGCUAUUUCUACAAAUACAACUCCGGUUUGCAGAACCAACAUGUGCUCUACAUGAAAGAAAGCUUGCAGGACGACGGCAAAGUGUUCUUGGACCCAAACACGUUAUCUGACGAUGGAACAGUGGCGCUGACCGCACUUUCUUUUUCUCACGACGGAGAACUCCUCGCAUAUGGCAUCAGCGAGCGCGGUUCCGAUUGGGUGACCGUUAAAUUCAUGAAAAUACCUUCCGAAGAGCAGCUGCCGGACAAACUAGUGAAGCUCAGGUAUACGACGUUGUCCUGGACGAUCGAUAACAAAGGCAUUUUUUAUACGAUGUUUCCUGAGCACAAAAGUGAAGCUGUUGGAACUUCGACGGCGAAGAACGAAUUUCACAAGCUCUUUUAUCACGUACUAGGCACUGAUCAAUCUGAAGACAUUUUGUGCUUCGACUUUCCGGAAAAUGCAAAUUACAUGAUGUAA